GCGGCAGGGCUUGGUGGUGUGGGGCCCAGGAAGGCAGCGGCUCUCAGCGCCCGCCCAGGGGCAGCGGCCCGGCUGCCUGCUCCCUCGUUGCCUCUCCGCCAUCCCUGGGGGCCUAAGCCGGGGCACCCCCGCUCACAGCCGGCCCCCCGCCUUGCAGCCGGAGUGAGUGUCACCCUCCCCGCUCACCCUCAAUCCCCGGGGCUCACUGCUCCCUCUCUCUCCCGGUCGCCGGCCAGCGGGAACCUGGACAGACAGACGGGGAAGGGCAGCACGGCCCUGCACUACUGCUGCCUGACGGACAACGCCGAGUGCCUGAAGCUGCUGCUGCGCGGCAAGGCCUCCAUCGAGAUCGCUAACGAGUCUGGGGAGACGCCGCUGGACAUCGCCAAGCGCCUGCGGCACGAGCACUGCGAGGAGCUGCUGACCCAAGCCUUGUCUGGAAGGUUCAACUCCCACGUGCACGUGGAGUAUGAGUGGCGGCUGCUGCCCGAGGACCUGGAUGAGAGCGAUGACGACGUGGACGAGAAGCUGCAGCCCAGCCCCAGUCGGCGGGAAGACCGGCCGGUCAGCUUCUACCAGCUGGGCUCCAGCGCCGCGUCGGUGGCCAAGGACAAGCAGAGGGGCUUCGCGCCCAGCAUCGUGCAGAACGAGACGUACGGAACCGUCCUGAGCGGCAGCCCGGCCCCCGGCCAGCCCGCGGCCCCCGGCACCGCCGGCGCCCCCCCUCUGCCCCCACGGAACGUGGCCAAAGCCCAGGCCGCCUCCGCUAACGCCCUGUGGAAGACAAACUCUGUGGGUGUGGACGGUGUCAGCCGGCAGCGGUCCUCGUCCGAUCCGCCCGCUGUCCACCCGCCGCUGCCCCCUCUCCGCGUGACGUCGACCAACCCCCUGGCUCCCACGCCGCCCGCUCCCGCAGCAAAGAUGCCCGGGGCCCUGGAAGCCCUGAGCCAGCAGAGCAAGCUGACCCCGCCGGGCAAGACCACAGCCUCGCCCCUGCCACAGCCGCAGCCGCCCAGCCGCCUCCCGCAGAGGAGGCCUGCUCCGGGGACUGACAAGUCGACCCCACUGAUCAGCAAAGGCCAGCCGCGAGGCCCUGCAGCGGACGUCUCCGGAACAGAAGCUCUGGGUCCUCUGUCCAACACCCCGGCCCUGCAGCCCCCCGCGCCCAUGCCCAGGAAGUCACAGGCGGCCAAGCUGAAGCCCAAGCGGGUGAAAGCCCUCUACAACUGCGUGGCCGACAACCCAGAUGAGCUGACGUUCUCCGAGGGGGACGUGAUCAUCGUGGACGGGGAGGAGGACCAGGAGUGGUGGAUCGGCCACCUCGAUGGAGACCCCAGCCGCAAAGGAGCGUUUCCCGUGUCUUUUGUGCACUUUAUUGUGGACUGAAUCGCUGCUGAGCAAGCACCCUUAGCAGCGAUGUUCCUGUUCGUUGUUGGUACCCACACUCUUGCCGGAAACCAGUUUCGUGAACUGUAGGCCCACUUGCUCGAAUGCCACUCGCUGUUCUGUUUUUAAAACUCACAGGCAAUUUCUAUCUACAAAUGGAUCGUUUUUUAUAAUUUGUGAUUUUCAUGAAACACGGCUCUACUUUUAUUAGGAAAAACUGAAUUGCCUAAAAGGUGAGCUAAAAAGCGAUUUUAACUACACAGUCAAGAUCCCGAAUCGACAGAAUUAGCAGAACCCGAUUCGAGGACCGGAAAUUCUGCCUGCCUCCUUGGCCGAUAAUGACGUCGGUGCUCGCCAGCUACUUGUUGUUUAGGAGGCUACAUGCUAUCAGUUCCCCUUUAGAGACCUUUUAAAAAUGCCUUCUUAAGAUUUCCCUUGAAAGCCACCCAGUGUUCAGUUAAAGCAACUUGGAAACGGACACUAGCAUUGUACACUCCAACCCUGAUGUGUGAGGGUGCGACGCUCCUUGUAUUCUGCAUGUGUGUAACCUGUUGUGAACAAUCCAUCCUCCCUAACAAAACUGCCACUAGCUGAUCGUGGCGCACGACAGUAACAGUUCAUUCGGUUCCAGGGUGGGUGACACUGCGUUUCCCGAGUUCGGUUAAAAACUGACGACGAUGGAUUGCAAAGGGGUUCUCCCCACUCGCUUGUAUGCCAUAGGUGUUUCGGAAACGGCCUUCCUGAGCUCCCUCCAUCGCACAGGUAGCCCGGUGCGGGCCCCGCUGUUGCCACCCACUCGUCAUUUCCCACUGAGUGUGCCUGCCUUCUCUUCUCGCCCGUGAACGCCCCAGUCUAGUGUCUGGUAUUUAUAUCACACGCCAGUAGGCUGGUGGUUACACUGUCUUGACAUUUAAUCUUCCUUCGUCGGUAGCCAAGCGCAUAUCAGAAACCCAUAGGCCCCGGGAAUGAAACACACCCAGACAUCCCAGUUUUACUCUAAGUGUCAUAUCGUUCUUACACUUAAACUACUGGGGCUAGGGGGUUAGGUUGUAUGUGAUAAAAUCAACUCAUUAGUUUGAUGAACUUGACUGUCAUACCUCUACCUGGUCAUUGAGCGUGUUCAUGGGAGGAUGUGGGAAACGCCGGCUCUCUGAGGAGAAACGGGCAUCAACGCCCACCUGGCUUUUUACCACCAGCCCAGGCCCGAGCUGCAGUGCAGGCUCGGAGAGGAGAGCGAGGCGGCGGCGCCUUGGAGCGGAGCAGCCUGUCACGCGGGUCCUUCUUGUAAGUGUAGGAUGUUUGCUUUUGUUUGUGAUUGUGUUGUUUUUCGUUGCUAUUCUAAAGGAAGACAGAACUGGAAUGUUUUAUGAUGUAUGCCCAUUGCUCUUUGCCUGUCACAGUUCCAGGUAAAGUGUGUUAGCUGUAUAAUUAGUCUUAUUUUUUAAAGCACUACAUCUCUUCACUGAUGGUUAACUUCUGUUGUUUGAACCCUCCAUUUAGUUAACUUUCUCGCAGAUUUAAGGAAGUGAACAGAUGUGUUUUUUGCACCACGCACUUAUUUUAACACAGUCCCCCCCCACAUCUGACUCUUACAGUCCGCCUGACUCCUCGGUACCACUGUGUGGGAAUUAAAGUUGAUCCUAUCAACAUUCGAAUACCACUCCCAAUCUGGUGUCCCGGGCUCCCUGGGACAGACAUCCAGGAAGUACUUUCCAGGCUACAGUUCGGUGGUGCUAUUGUGCAUAAUGGAUAGGACUCUUGUCAGAGGAGAAAUCAACUUCCCUGAUAGCCUUUCCUACUUAUUUGCUCUCUGCAAAUAAAUUUAAAAAGUGAGAGGAAGGAAAGCGUUGUAGAUAUCUAUUUAUAUUCCAGGUUUAUGUUCCAUGAACUUCGCUACGGGAUCCUGGCAUUGUGUGUGCCCUGGUCAGGUCUGACUGCAGGCAUGAGGCCUGGGAAACGGGCAGACCCCGUGUGCUCUGCUGAGGGUGGGCACUGCCACAUGCAGCUGGAAAUGCUCGGAGAUGUAUGAUACUCGAUUCAUCCACUCGAUUCCUUUGGUCUAGUUGCAGCGCAACUGUACAUAUUGUAUAACCUAAAUCCUUAUUUUCAUUGUCCUUGAUGCGGUGAUUUAUACCUAGAGCAUGUUAAUAAGUCUACUCUUCUUGGUGACUAGUCAUUUGACUAGAAAAAAUAAAAUACUUUUAAAUGGA